CCCCACUACUCUUCAACCCUCUCUCUCUCUCUCACUCCCCCCAACUUCCCUCUCUUUCUCUCUCUAAAGCUCUCUCUGUCUCUCUCUCUCUCAAAUCUCUCUCAAGCUGGCGAUCGAGCAAGAAUCCCCAUUCAAGGAGCUGAAACUCAAGAACAGAAGAGUCAUGGGAGGAGUUGGGCCUGAUGAGGAUAACCGUUGGCCGCCAUGGCUGAAGCCAUUGUUGAAGACGAGCUUCUUCGUUCAAUGCAAGUUUCACGCUGACUCGCAUAAGAGCGAAUGCAAUAUGUACUGUUUGGAUUGUAUGAAUGGAGCUCUCUGCUCCCUCUGUUUGGCUUAUCACCGAGAUCACAGAGCCAUUCAGAUCAGGAGGUCAUCGUACCAUGACGUGAUAAGGGUAUCGGAGAUCCAAAAGGUGCUCGACAUCACCGGCGUCCAAACCUACAUCAUCAACAGCGCCCGCGUCGUAUUCCUCAACGAGCGGCCGCAGCCGAGGCCGGGCAAGGGCGUCACCAACACCUGCGAGGUCUGCGAUCGGAGCCUCCUCGACUCCUUCCGCUUCUGCUCCCUCGGUUGCAAGAUUGUUGGCACUUCUGAAGGUUUCAACAAAACCAACCACAAAAAGGACAACAUCAGCAACAACAUUAAGAAGAAGAAGGCAUUCGCGUCGCCGUCGCACUCCGAAGAGUCCUACUCGAGCACAAGCCACGGCAGCGCGAAGAGCAACGUGAUACAGAGCUUCAGCCCCUCAACUCCGCCGCCAACGACGGUCAAUAGUUACAGGAGCGCCAAGAGGAGGAAGGGGAUCCCUCACAGGGCUCCCUUUGGUAGCCUCAUCUUGGAGUACUAGUCUCCUAUACUCGGCCAAAAUUAUGCACAACCUAUGCUGUUUGCGGUAGUUACUAGAUAUAGAAGGGGGGUUGAAAUGAAGAGAGGUGUUAUGUAUACUUAGAAGAACAGAAGUGGGGCUGUUUAAUUAUAGGGAGCCUUGUAAAAUGUAUAUAAGUGAGUACGGAUGAAAUAUGUGUGUACAUAUAGAAAUGGAAUAAGAUUUGAUGCUUUUAUUUCUAA